AUGGCCGACGAUGGCAUGCUCAUGAACUUCAGCAUUGCUGACAGUGUCAUCAAGCCCGAAGCCAAGUUCAAAGGAGGCACAUGGAGAGACAGACUCGUUGCGAAAAAGCGCUCAUCCCACCGCGGCUCAGAAAACGGACCCAAAGAUGCAGCCGCGCGCAAUGCGGCAUCGAAAAACCCAAACCAAAUUCAACUCGGUGACCGCCCCGCCAAACGACAGCGAACAGACGACUCUUCCCAGCGCCCUCAGCGCUCUGGAGACCGACGCCCGCACCAACAUCCACGAGAGAAGGAUCCCCGCCACUUCGUUUCUUCUCUAUUCACCAGCAACCCGGAAGCACAAAAUGCCGAAGAGCCCAAACAGGAGGGAGAAGUUGAGGAGGCGAAGCCGACCAAUGCGCCAUUGAUCGAUGGGCUUGAUACGUUCACGAACUUGGGAUUGUCACCCAACCUUGCGGCGCACCUGCUCACGAAGCUGGAGCUGAAGGCGCCGACCGCCAUUCAGAAAAGCUCAAUCUCACAACUGUUGAAGGAAGAGAGUGAUGCUUUCAUUCAGGCCGAAACUGGUUCCGGAAAGACGUUGGCGUAUCUCCUCCCGCUGGUUCAACGAAUUAUGGAUCUGUCAAAAGCGACCAAGGAACACAACGAUAACCAAGUUCAUCGCGAUAGCGGACUGUUCGCGAUCAUCCUGGCACCUACUCGUGAACUUUGCAAGCAGAUUUCCGUCGUGUUGGAGAACAUCCUGCGCUGUGCGAACUGGCUUGUCUGUGGAACGGUGAUUGGUGGAGAGAAGAAGAAGUCCGAAAAAGCACGUUUGAGGAAGGGCUUGAAUAUUCUUGUCGCAACACCCGGUCGACUGGUGGAUCAUCUGGACAACACGGAAGCAUUGGAUGUCAGCAAUGUCCGUUGGCUCGUGCUUGACGAGGGAGAUCGCCUGAUGGAUAUGGGCUUCGAGGAGGAACUGCAGGGCAUUGUCGGCAAGCUCGAUGCCAGGCAACGGCCGAGCCGGGUGCCCGGUGUCCCAACACGCCGAACAACUGUCCUCUGUUCGGCUACGCUGAAGAUGAAUGUUCAGAAGUUGGGUGAAAUCAGUUUGAAGGACGCCGUCCACAUCAAGGCCGACCCAAGCGACGAGGAAGAGAAGUCCGAAAAGGAGGAUGACGAGGCAUUCCGUGUCCCAGCGCAGCUCAAGCAGUCUUACGCGAUCGUACCGGCCAAACUGCGACUCGUCUCAUUAACAGCCUACUUGAAGAGAACGUUUAUGCGAAAAGGAUCAGUGAUGAAGGCUAUUGUAUUCAUGUCUUGCGCCGAUGUGGUUGAUUUCCACUUCGAGCUCUUUUCACGGAAUCAAGACCGCGAACAGCAAAGAAAGCUUGAAAGAGAGCAAAGAGAAAAGGAGGGCAAACCCGAAGAGGAAAAGGAAGAGAAGCCAGACGAGAAAGAGGAGCUGUCACCCCAUGGAACUAUUGCUCCUGGCAGAGCCUUUUCGACACCAAACAACCCCGUCAUUCUGCACAGACUUCACGGUUCUCUCCCCCAGAACGUUCGAACUGCCACCCUUGGCUCCUUUGCGCGCAGCACCGAAGCCUGCGUGAUGAUCUGUACUGAUGUUGCUUCGCGUGGUCUCGAUCUGCCCAACGUGGACCUGGUCGUGGAGUACGACCCAGCAUUCAGCUCCGACGACCACACUCAUCGUAUCGGUCGAACCGCCCGUGUUGGUCGCGACGGUCGAGCCCUCAUUUUCCUCCAGCCCGGCUGCGAGGAGAACUAUGUCCAAGUCCUCAAGCGUGGCUACCGCGAUGGCGGCAAGGCGCUCACCCGCACCGAUGCGAACGAAAUCAUCAAGCGCGGCUUCGGGAGUAACGAAUCCGGGAAGAAGAACUGGGAAGAGAAGACCACCGACUGGCAGAUGGAUGUUGAGCGUUGGGCCCUGGAUAACCCACAGUACUUGGAGAUGGCCCGUCGGGCCUUCCAAUCCCAUGUUCGCGCCUACGCGACUCAUACCGCCGCCGAGCGGAGCAUGUUCAAUAUCAAGGAGCUCCACCUUGGUCAUUUGGCCAAGAGUUUCGCCCUGCGUGAUCGGCCCGGCAAGAUCAAUGUCCCCGGUCUGCGUCCUGGACAGGAAGAUAGCAGGAAGGACUUUAAGGCUGCGCGUAAUGGUGCGGGUAGCAAGAGAAAGGCUGCUCCUGCUGAUGAUGCUGCGCCGGGUGCCUUGCCUACGGACGAUGCUGCUCGCAGAAUGAGAGCCAAAUUGAAGGAGCAAAUGGCUGGCGCCAGCGAGUUCAACUUGGCUUGA